AUGCCAAAUCCUCAGGAUUUAGUAACAGAAAACGCGAAGCACCAGCUUGUUGAGCGCAGGAAAUCGUAUGUUUCAAGUCCACUACUACAAAAAGAUCCAAAAACAGGCACCUGGAAAUACGUUACGAAAUUACAAAUACCGGAAACCGACGAGAAUUACGGCGAAAAACAGGAAACUGAGAAAGAUUCUUUACCUGUGAUGGACGAUUUAGACUCGGAUCUGUACGACCGGGUCAGCUAUCUGGAUCUGAUGUCUCAAUAUGAAGAAAAAGAACGACUGAGGAAAAUGGAAGAUGUUGAGAAUUAUCGUCGUCUAAGAGAAGAGUAA